AAUCUCCAGGGCCCGUAAUGCAAACAAUAUUUGUCGCCUUUCUGUUCAACCCUCAGCUUCUAUAACCUUCCAGCACUGUUGACAACCGUAGCUCUUCUGGAGAUGCCUCCAAAGUCCACCGCGCCCUCCAAUAUCAGCAGGACGACAGCCUCAGUGAGUGAUUGGCACACUAACCUUGCUCUUAGCAACACAGAAAAUAGCGUCGAUAGUAGCGUCGAUAGCAGUGACUGGAUCGGGACGUCGCUACUAGCCGAGAUGGACCUCAUGGAUAUGCAUGUACAGGAGAUGCUUGACACCAUUCCAGGCCGUGUAGGUUCCACAUUCGCUCUCUCUCCACUAGACACCGCAGCUAUUCGAAGCGUCAUCAAGCAGGAGCUCAACCGUCGCUUUGACGACAAGCUCAAAGACAUCAUCGACAAAGCCAUCACCACGCGCAUCAAGCCAUUCGAAGUCUCACGCAGGAUCACCCAGAAGAAUCUUGAGGCGCUCCAGCUCGCCCACCAAAACGAUCGCCAUAUUGUCGGGGGAAUGGAUGCACUUCACCGCUACGAGCACUUUGUCAACACCGGGCUGGUCGAGCGUCUCUUCCAGGCGUCGUCGCUGCAGGACGAGCCUAACGCGCGCCUCUACCACAAUACUUUCGGUAUGCAGGGUACACACAACUUGAACACUGUGCUGGUGUCCCAUAUCGAAAGACUGGUGAAGAAGGUACAGAGUUUGGAGGAGCAGUAUCACACCGGGCCCUCCCAAGCGGUAUCUGAUCAGCAGGCCACGGCCAGUCAGAGUGCGUGGCUAGUGUCCCAGAUUGAGGUACUGGUUGCGAAAGUGCAGAGACUCGAGGAGCGAGACAACGUCAGUCUCUCCCAGAAGAUAUCCGAUCAGCAGAGCACGGACAGUCUGACUCCGGCGCAGGAAGUGGAGCAGCAGACGCAGAGGAUGAACGAGCAGAGCAAAGUCCUGGAAGUGAUGGUGUUGCGUGAGAAGCUACAGAUCCUGGAGGAUAAGGCGGAGAAACUGGAGGCACAAGUCAAGGCUCUGCAACAGGCGCUACCGGACGAGGCGGUGCAGAGGCUAGAAGAACAGGUCGAGGCUCUGCGAUGCACGUCUAAGAAUGAAGGGGAGUAG